AUGUGGAUGGAUCUACUUUUACAAGCCGCUAUAAUUCUCGUUGCGAUCUUUAUGUUCCUCGCUAUGCACGAUAUUCCUCAAAAGAUCUUCACCAAAAUUCGUUACAGGAAUCGAGCUGACUACCAAGCUAAGCGCCACUUCGUCCUCGGAGCUCAGCUCCUAGCUCACGCCAGAUCCUCCGAGUCCCGUUCAUCCACCGCCUCUUUAGCUCAGAAAGCCGAAUCCGAAGCCGACAGAGCCAUUUCUCUUGAUCCGAAAGACGCCGCUACUUACAUCCUCAAAGCCCUCGCCCUUGACCUCCGGGGCUUCAAGUCCUCCGCCCUUGACUCCCUGGACAUCACUCUCUCUCCUCUUGCUUCCAAGUCGUUGACUGAUAAAGAACGGGGUGACGCGCUGUUUAAACGAGCCGAGUUGAAGAUGAGCAUGAACCGGCGCGGCAGCCAUGUCGACUCAGCGAUCGACGAUUUGACCAAGGCUGUAGAAUUACUCGGGGAUAACGCCAGGGCGUUUUGUCUGUUGGGAGAUUGUUACGAAACGAAGAAGAUGAAAACGGAAGCUAGAGCGGCUUUCGAGGAAGCUUUUAAGGUCGAGCCUACCUCCACCGUUGCUCGCGCCGCCAUUGACCGAUUGGGAUCGUAG